AUGUCCAGAAAUGUAGAAAUUAGGAAAAAUGCUCCAAGGGACUCUGAAGACUCACUAUCCUCAGACAUUACAUUUCAUCGAACAGACGGUCCACAGGAAAAUCCGUUCUUAGGAAAAGAUGAAUUUGAGGAUAUCUUUGGUGCUGAAAGUCAGUUUGUUUCUUCUUCUGGACAAGAUUUAAGGAAUCCAUUUUUGAGCGAUGACAGACCAGGUCGCAUGGAUCAAGUAAAUGAUCCUAACAACGCUUACGUUAGAGCAACAGGUGCUGAUGUGCGAAAAAUUGAGAUUCCUUUGCGUAAUUUCGCAGAUCCCAUUCAAAACGAAGACUAUAUACAUGAACGACGACAUGGCUUUUUCGAACGACUGAAAUCUCUAAAGCGGGUAUUCAAGAAGAAAGAAAAGCCUAUAGAUCCAAAAGAAUUGGGACCUAGAAUCAUUACUUUAAAUGACUAUACUGCCAACCAUUUCUUAAACAAUAUCGUCUCCACUUGCAAGUACAAUGCAGUCAGUUUCCUUCCAAAGUUUUUACGAGAGCAGUUUUCCAAAUACUCGAAUUUGUUCUUUUUGUUCACUGCUGUUAUCCAGCAAAUCCCAGGAAUCACACCCAUGAACCGUUAUACAACAAUCGCUCCCAUGCUUGUUGUUUUGUCUUUAUCCGGAGUAAAAGAAGUUAUGGAAGACAUAAAACGAAAGAACCAAGAUGAAGAAAUGAACACCUCUGUUUCUCAUGUUAUGCAAGGUACUGGUUUUGUCGAAAAGCAAUGGAGAGAAGUCCAAGUUGGUGAUAUUGUGAAGGUCGUCUCCGAAACCUUCUUUCCGGCUGAUCUCAUCUUGCUAUCUUCUUCCGAACCAGAAGGCCUUUGUUACAUUGAAACCGCUAAUCUUGAUGGUGAAACAAACCUCAAAGUAAAACAGGCACUGCCUGAAACAUCUAAUUUGUUGAAGCCAAUUGAACUGAGUCAAUUGGAAGGUACAGUCAAGUCUGAGCAACCAAACAAUAGUCUGUAUACAUACGAUGCAACUUUAAAACUUCUUCCCAAUGAUCGUGAGUUACCCUUGGGUCCAGAACAGUUAUUGCUUCGUGGUGCUCAACUUCGUAAUACGCACUGGGUUUACGGUGUAGUUGUUUUCACCGGACAUGAAACAAAACUCAUGAAAAACACAACAGAAACUCCCAUUAAACGCACUGCUGUCGAAAAGCAAGUCAAUACACAGAUUCUCUACCUUCUAUUUAUUUUUGUCUUUCUUUGCUUUUGUUCUUCGCUUGGUUCUCUUAUUCAACGAUCUGUUUACGGCUCCGCUUUUUCAUACCUGCUUAUCACUACUUCACGAGGAGGUGAGUUCUUCAAACAGCUUCUGACAUUUUGGAUUUUGUACUCCAACCUCGUCCCUAUUUCUCUAUUUGUCACUUUUGAAUUGGUCCGUUAUGUACAAGCUCAACUUAUUAGCAGCGACCUUGAUAUGUACAACGAAGAAACAGAUGUACCCGCUGCAUGCCGUACAUCUUCUUUGGUCGAAGAAUUGGGUCAGGUUGGUUAUAUUUUCAGUGAUAAAACAGGUACGUUGACACGUAACCAAAUGGACUUCCGUCAAUGCUCUAUCGCUGGAUUAGCUUAUGCCGACGUUGUACCUGAAGACCGCCAGUACUCAGAAGAGUUGGAUCCCGACAUGAUAAUAUACGACUUUUCGACAUUGAAGAAAAACCUUGAUUCCAGCAAUGGCGAUUUGAUUCAUCACUUUCUGUUGGUACUCUCAAUUUGUCAGACUGUUAUUCCUGAGUUUGAUGAAACAUCCAAUUCAAUGAAGUACCAGGCUUCAUCUCCUGAUGAAGGCGCAUUAGUGAAAGGAGCCGUGAGCAUCGGUUACGAAUUCAUAGCUAGAAAGCCACGAUAUGUUACAGUUAGAUUGUUUGAUAAGGAAGAAACUUACGAACUACUCAACAUUUGCGAAUUUAAUUCCACAAGAAAGAGAAUGUCUAUUGUUUUCCGUUGUCCCGAUGGAAAAAUCAGACUCUAUAUUAAAGGUGCUGAUACUGUCAUUCUUGACAGACUUGUUGGCGAUUGUCCGUAUCUUACAACCACAAUUCAUCAUCUAGAGGAUUACGCAACUGUUGGCUUGCGAACUUUAUGUAUAGCUAUGAGAGAAAUCUCUGAUUAUGAUUAUCAAAGAUGGGCGACUAUUUACGAAGCAGCAUCAACAAGUUUGGUGGACAGAGCCCAGAAACUAAUGGAUGCUGCAGAGAUGAUUGAGAAAGAUUUAACACUUCUUGGAGCUACAGCUAUUGAGGACAGGUUACAGGAUGGUGUGCCUGAUACGAUCUCAACACUUCAAACCGCUGGCAUAAAGAUUUGGGUCUUAACAGGAGACAGACAAGAAACCGCAAUCAAUAUCGGAAUGAGCUGUAAGCUUAUUGAUGAGGACAUGGGCCUAGUAAUUGUAAAUGAGCAGACAAAGGAAGCUACAGCUGAAAGCAUUAUGUCAAAACUAUCUUCUAUAUACAGAAAUGAGCAUAAUAGUGGAAAUAUAGAGUCAAUGGCUUUAAUUAUCGAUGGUGUUUCCCUUACUUUUGCUUUGGAACGUUCACUUGAGCGACGCUUCUUCGAACUCGCCUCCUUAUGCCGUGCCGUUAUAUGUUGUCGAGUUUCUCCAUUGCAGAAAGCGCUAGUAGUAAAAAUGGUAAAGCGAAACACGGAUUCUAUUUUAUUAGCCAUUGGUGAUGGUGCUAACGAUGUUCCUAUGAUUCAAGCUGCCAAUAUCGGUGUCGGAAUAAGUGGAAUGGAAGGUCUACAAGCUGUCAGAAGUUCAGAUUUCUCUAUUUCUCAGUUCUGUUAUUUGAGAAAGUUAUUGUUGGUCCAUGGAUCAUGGUGCUACCAACGCCUUAGCAAGCUAAUCCUGUUUUCGUUUUACAAGAACGUAGCUCUCUAUAUGACUCAAUUUUGGUUUGCCUUUUGUAAUGCUUUUUCUGGACAAGUUACAUACGAGUCUUGGUCAAUUUCUUUAUACAAUGUCCUUUUUACAGUGCUCCCUCCAAUUGUUAUAGGAAUUUUUGAUCAAUAUGUAAGCGCAAGCCAGCUAUAUCAAUAUCCCCAACUCUAUCAACUAGGACAGCGUGGCGAGUUUUUCAAUUUAAAGCGAUUUUGGGCAUGGAUUGCGAACGGGUUCUAUCAUUCAUUACUUUUAUUCUUAUGUUCAAUUGCUGUUUUCGACUCUGAUGGCCCUAAUUCUAAUGGUCCCACUUCUGGUCAUUGGGUUUGGGGUACUACUCUCUAUGCAAUGAUUCUAGCUACCGUUUUAGGUAAAGCCGCUCUCAUCAGUAAUCAUUGGACUUAUUACAUGGUUAUCGCUACUUUAGGGUCUUUUGUCUUUUGGUUGGUAUUCAUGCCGAUCUAUGCUGUGGUUGCCCCAGCCAUUGGUUUUUCAAAGGAAUUCAAGGGAAUCAUACCUUACCUGCAUGGAAAUUUAAAAUUUUGGGCUUCAUUAUUUGUAUUUCCUACAUUUGCCUUGAUGCGUGAUUUCGUUUGGAAAUAUUCAUCGAGAAUGUAUUACCCCGAAGAAUACCAUUAUGUCCAAGAGAUACAAAAGUAUAAUAUAACAGAUUAUAGGCCGCGAAUGAUUGGAUUUCACAAGGCUAUCCGCAAGAUUCGGCAGAUGCAAAGAAUGCGCAAACAAAGAGGAUAUGCUUUUUCACAGGGAGAGGAAGAUCAAUCCCGUAUUCUCGAUGCCUACGAUACGACCCAUGUCCGUGGUGCUUACGGAGAAAUGCGCUAG